CGACCAACGUUAGGUUUUGACGUAAUGAUUCCAGGGCACUCUCGGUACCCAGUGUCUAUCUCUCAUUCCCACUUCACUUCAGACCCCCGGUUCGUUUAUUCCCCUCCCGAGCAAUAAGAUCGGGCUAUCUCGCAGGCGCUAACACUCUUGCGUUAGUUUGCUAGUGUCUUAGCGAGGGAAAGGUGAACUGCGCGUGCCGCAAGCGCCAUGUUCUUAGGUCUCCGCACGCUGAGUGAUGAUGUAGAUUAUAGCGAAAACAAGCAUGUGUGUCCAUGGUUGAUGCACUUUCUGUCAUCGCGACCGGCAGUCACUUGUUUGGCGGCGAACCUACAGCUUCUGUCUAGCCAAAAGCUCAUGGCAUGGGUAUAGAGGUCCAGCCCGUCCCCUGCUUCGUUCUGGAUAAUAAGCUUAUUCUUGGAGAUUGACGAAAGAUGGAUAUGGUUUUGACGAAAGCCUACCAUGUUGAAAUAACUGUGACGCAUUCUUCGUCUCAUUGCUUUCAUCAGCAAAAACCCAGACGCUCGAUGUAGAUGUAGAUACCAUGUUGUGUGAUUCCCAAGCCCGCGGUGUCAAACGGAAGUAUGAAGACGACAAAGAGUGUGAAACGCCCACCUCACUCUAUUUCACCCAGCGUCAGUCAGUGUUUAAUAUCAGUGUUUGUAAACUCAACAGACUUCGACAGACUCUUAGUCUGAGACGGUCCGUUCUCAUCUAUAAUACUCUGCGGAAAAUCCAAAGAGAAUGUGAACAGGAAGGGAUAAAAAUGAACUAUGCUCCUAAUAGUCACUUGUUCUUGGCACCUCUAAACCCGCAGGUCAUGACCCUUGACCCACCACCCGUUCCGAGCCAAACUACGUUUGAAGGGUAUUCGGGGAACACAUUCAACUCUGUCGGGGACUCCAAACCCAUCCAAAGAUGCCUUUCUGACACAGAGCAGCCUAACCCUGAUGCUGUUAGUAGUUACCCAUUGAAAUCCCUGCUAAAUGCUUACCAGUAUAAGCCAUCAUCUCAGACGGAAGACCAACUUAAUCAUAAGUCACAGACUAGCUCCAUAGAAAAUAGCUAUGUUUCUAAGUCGUGUACUUUAGCGGAAGGAGUCUACAAGCAGAGUAGUGACGAACUGAGUGAAGAAUACGACAGAUACCUGAUGGAGUUCGACUCUGCAUCCGGAAGAAUAACCCCUUUUGUAAAGACAGCGUGCGAUCGUCUUGAUUCCGGUGCCUUAUGGAAUGACGACAGCGACAGACUGACUAGCUUGAACUGGAGCUCAGUAUUAAACUUCAGUUCCUUAUCAACCAGUACAGCCACUAGUGUUUUACCACCAGAACCAGCGUUUGAUUCCUCCGAGGACUGUCAGUUUGCUGAAAGAAACAGAGGCAGCUCUACAACUGACAGCGUGGCUGAAACUGUACGAACACCUAGCGAAUCAUCCAGUACCCCGGAGACGUCCUUACAUAUGCUCCUCCCUGCUACAAGCAGCCCUACGUCAGAACUGCCAACUCUGAACUUCCGUUACUCAACUCCUUCUUCAAGCCCAACCCCCGGAGCCACGUCCAGCUCUAGUUCUGGGGAUGAAAUAUUUGGUGAUAUAGAUAUGGCACUUUACGACUUUGAUCUGUACUCCCCCUUGUCUCCUCCCAAUGUCAAAUUGGCCCCGGUCAGUGCUGAAGAACUUAUGACGUCCCUCACGGAAAACGGUCAGCCUUGCCCUGUGUCCAGUUAUUUGAAAGAAAAAUUAAGUGAGGAAGAGGAACAAACUACUCCAGUUGAGUCAUGACUGAAUGUCCAUUUUCAUGUUUGGAAUGUAACAAGUUUUAUGUUCGUUAUCAGCACUCGAUUUUAAGAGCUUAAUGACACUUAAUUGAAAGAGCCUAAAACAUUGAUAGUGAAAAAAAAAAGAAGAUAUAAGUGCUUUAUACGUUGGCUUUCUUUAAAUUACAAAUAAUAUUUAAACUCAGAACAAAGUUCCUGAUGUUCCCAAAUAUUAGACAACCGUUGUGUUUGAAGGUUGUUAUCGGCAAAGAUAUAUUUAUAUACCAAUUACUAUAUACAUGUGCGAUUUUCACACAAAGGUUUCGUAAUAAUUUAAUAAUCACUAAACAACGAUCCCGUAUAGAGAGAAAGAGGUACAAGGGACCAAAUUUAAAAAUUCUGCUUCAUGCCGAAAAAAUUCUUUUCUACUGAACCCCAGUUAUGGAUCAAAUACUAUCACCUCGACUUAUAGUACCUUGGAACAUCAGUCGUCGAGUGUUCAUUCUGUCAAUGUUUAUUUGUCCUCAUGUUUUUGGUACAAAAGGAAAAAAACAACUGUAAUUAAUUAUGUAAAUAAUUAAGCAUUACUCUGUCCCACGACAACUUGAAUAAUAAUUAUACUUAGCUAUCUAUGAAACUUUAUUUAAACAUUACUGUGGAAAACAUUUUUUUUUUUAUUGACAGUGUAUUGAGUCGUGUGUUUGCUGCUGUUUAGUUACUUAGCAUUUCUCGGAAACAAAGGUAUUGAAAUUAACUUUUUAUAUGCGAAAGGCAGAUCUUUUCAGAAAAGUUUCCGAUACUUCUUUCUUACUCAGCUAAGGGCAGAAAGUUGUGUAUUAAUGUUUUAUGUACAGUGAAAGGUUACAGUGGGUAAAAUGAUGUUAAAAUAAGUUCAGUUGGUAAGCCAAGAUCGCUAGAAAGUUUUGUUUCAAACAGCCACUCGUCUAGUUUUUAAAGAUAAUAGAAAACCGAAAGAAGUAUGACUACUUUUUUUCUGUAUCAUGAUAAAUUCGUAACGUCUGCUUCUGUACGAAAGCAAGAAAACUAUUUCCAAACUGAACAAAUUGAAUAAGGAGAUCUGCUCAGCAUUAAUCACACCGUGUAUAUAUUCAGCCAAAGAAUAACGUCGAGGAGUUAAAUGUAACACUUCAGCUAAGACUACUUUUCCUUGUUUUAGAAUGUACAUAGAGCUACUUUAAUGUAAGGAAACAUACCACAGUCGGCAUAUUUAUACAAAUAUUAAAAAAUGAAAAGAAGUAAUGUUCUAUAUUGACCAACUUGUACGAUGAAUAGCCAUCGGCGAGUAGGGUCUUUGGAGAGUGAACUUGAUAUGUUUGUACAUAAAAUAUCUGCGUAAGUCAUUAAUAACAUAAUAUAUACAUCGUUAUUUUACAGUUUAUUAUAUAUGUAUGUAUGUAUGUGUCACCAAACAUCAGUAUAUUGUAACAGUAAGUGAUGUCCAUGGAGCAGUCAUGAAUUUCAUGAUAGGGUGAAAAUCCUAAAUCAUAUAUAAAGUCACAAGUAUUUUUCCAAAUAUUGACUGCUAUUUUGCAUAUCUUUAUACAAGACGCUUGAUUGUUGAAAGGUUUAUUGAAGUUAUUCCCUACCAGUUUUAAAGAAAGUUUUUCAGAGAUGUAAAGAUAACCGUCUAAAGUUAAUGUUCUUUGUUUUGAAUAUAAUAAUGUUGUUAUUAUAUGUUAGUUAUAUUCUAACAUGUAAGUCAGAAUGAAUAAUUACAUGUAAAUCAGAAUAAGUUUUCAAAGUAAAUUAUUAAGUUCGUAAAUCCUUCGGGAAAUACGAUAUGAAUUCACGAUAUGAAAUCAAUAGCAUUUGGAGGACUGGUAUUUGAAAGCAGCUUAUCUAAGAAAUGUUACCUACAAACUAUGGGGACUGUCUCCUGUAAAGUUAUAAAAUGAGCAGUAUGAAGAGCAAGUGACAAUAUUGCGGACUGUUAUUCUUGCUAUAUUGCAGGUAGCUAGCUAGUUUUUGGAUUUUAUCCUGUAGGUAAUGGUGUGGAAAUUAACUGAUGGUUAAAAUACUGUAUUGCAAAGAAAUGAUGUGAGGAUUUUACAUGUAAUGUACAUGAUUUCAGCUUGUUAUUUUGGGGACUGUCUCCUGUAAAGUUAUAAAAUGAGCAGUAUGAAGAGCAAGUGACAAUAUUGCGGACUGUUAUUCUUGCUAUAUUGCAGGUAGCUAGCUAGUUUUUGGAUUUUAUCCUGUAGGUAAUGGUGUGGAAAUUAACUGAUGGUUGAAAUACUGUAUUGCAGUGAAAUGAGGUGAGGAUUUUACAUGUAAUGUACAUGAUUUCAGCUUGUUAUUUUGGGGACUGUCUCCUGCGCUGUGUAGGUUUUCUCCUUUGUAUUCCUGGAAUGCAGAGCGCAGAAUCACACGUGCAAGAUAGAGACUGUCUCAUGUAACAUACAGCUGGAACAGUGUGUGUGUGUGUGGAUGCUACCACGUGUACUGUACUGCAGAUAGAUAAUAUGGGGACUUUCAUGUGCGAGUGGAUGAUAUGUAUUGUAACAAACAACAGGUAUAUGUUGUGGAUAUUAUCACGUGUAUUGUAGUGGAGUUCGUUAACGUGGGGAUUUUUAUAUGCUGGCUAAUAACCUGAUUGGCUAUCUCCUGUAUUAUUUUACUGGUGUUUAGUGUGCAGGUGAUUGUGAUGUACAUUGUACUUCAGUUAGUAAUUUUCAAGAAGGUAAUGUAGAAAUGGCCAUCCAUUAUGAAUGUUGUGUGGAUUAUAUGAGGUGUAUCUCCUCUACUGUAAUUCUGGCAUCUAGAGCGGAUAGUGUUCUGCAAGAAGCUAAUAGGAGAACUGGUUUCUUCAGGUAGGUAAUGUGGAAGCCGUUUCCUGUACUCCAUUACAGGUACGAACUGUCUCCUUCAAGUCGUCUCAAGUGUCGUAUUGCUGGUAGCAGGUAUCAAAAUGUUUCACUUCAGUGUUGGAAUGUGCCCCAAUGGUGGGCGUAGAAUUGGAGCACCAAACAGAUUCAUUAUUGCUAGGGGACUGAGGCGGAGGAUGCAUUAAGGUUAAAUUCGUUUUGCAUUAUCAUCAGACAGUGAAAAGGUUAAGAGUUAUUCUUAGAUUUUUAGAUUUUGUAUUCUUGAUUCUAUUUUGUAUUCCUAUAACAAAAUAUUAUAAUAGUCAAAUCAGUACUAGAUUUGUGUCACCAAUUGGUGAAUUAAAGUAUACAGUGUCCUGUGAACCAUCGAACUGUUAUUAACAUUAUGUCAUCAAAGGCAUAUUACUUGCUUAAUUUAUGGUGUUAAUUUAAAUAGAGUGGUUAGGUCUGUAGUAGUUUCUGUAAUUGUUUUUUUUUCUUCUCUUUUUUUGCGUUUUCCGAAGUAGCAAGAUUCUCUAAAAACUAAAGCUGAAAAUUGCUUUGUUUGCAUCUCAGACUCUGAUCUCAUUGAAAUUUAACUUUGUCAGAGACGAAACUGUUAAUACGCUUCCCAGCCAGAGAUUAAAUAUCAAACACUGUUUCUAAAUGUUAAACACUGCUGUUAUUUAUCAACACCAGAGUUUAAAUACACUGCUAAGUACCAAAGUCUGAGUCUAAUACUGUUGAAAACGUUUCCAUGACCGUUUCCAAGAUAAUGUUGUUAAUUAUAAAACAAAUAUUAUAAGGUUAUAACUGUUGUUUACACCUGACCAUGACAAUUUUUAACAAGUAUUAAACUCUAAAGGUUCAUGCUGUUCGUAGAUAUUCAUAUCCAAGGUAAUGUUCUUAUGUAUCAAGUGCCAGAGUUUAUAAUAUUAAUAAUUAUCAAAUGUUAAAAAUUAAUGUCAGUGAUAACUUUUCGAUAGUAAAGGCAAUGUUAAUAACUUAUAUUAAUACCAGAAACGAAUGUUACUGCUAGGUAGCCAUGCCUAAGGUUAAUAGCAGUGAUAAGGCUCUGUAUUAUACUUGUACAUGUUACUUGAUCACACACUUAAUACUUACGGACGAAUCAAUAGAUUUUUGGUUAUCCAAAUUAAUUUUAGAAGGACUUAUAAGAAACUUCACUUGUUAAUAAAACAGUAUUUACUUAUCAUUAUGCAUUCAACUUGUACCUCAUAAUUCGGAAGACAAAAAUCGCUGUACAAGCACUGAUAGACAUUUAUAUACUGCAGAAUACGCUCAGUAAACGAAAUUGUGAAAAUUCGAGGCUUAAGUAACCACUUCACAGACCCUUGCAGAAAACUAAACUUAUAACUUUAAAAUCAUUGGAUACGUAGAAGUUCAGUAUUGCGUUGGGUUAACAAUUGUUUUUGAUUGUCAACUUAUUAUCUACAUUAAAAGUCCAUGUCACUACACUAGAAUAACUUCCUAAGUGAGUCAGAUAUGAGCAUCGAGCUGAGAAUCAGUUAACUCCUUUCAGUACAGAAAUUAAUAAUCCGGUUUUUGAUCUUACUUUACGUCACUUUUCUAAUUUACUUUCACAUUAAUCACAUCUUAUAUUUCUUUAUUUCACUUAGUGCAAGAGUUUUGCAAACUGGGGUCCACUGGGAAGUGUCGGGACGGUGUGUUGGUGCUUAACAAAGAAAGAAAAUACACAAUACUGUUAAGGUAUUCAGAAUUUAUAGAUUCAUUGGGCCGGGAGCUGCAGUGAGGAUGUGGAAAUUACUGGGAGGUUUUGUGCUGAGAAAGUUGGGGAACCCCUGAUUUAGUGGACCGUUCUGCCAUUUAUUUUGUGUUAUUUUUUAGUCUACUUUCUUUGUCGCUUUGGCAAUUCUUUUUGUGACAAUAUCUUCAAAUUUUCCUUAUUCUAUGUCCUGUAAUAGCCUGAUAUUCCUCAGAUCCUUCUUUAUGGCAGAUUGUGCGAGAUUUUCUGACUGUGUGUUUUCUCGCAAGUACUUCUAAUUUGAUUCUCGGCAAUUUCUUUCGAAAAAUUCGAAAAAAGUGUUUUCAAUUACUUCAUUAAACACAGUGUGAAUUAUUCUCGUUGUUGGUGUGGGAUACCAUUUCAAAGCAGUCAGAAAGGUGUCCCACAGCUUAAUUCUGGUCCUUGUGUGUUGUUGCAUGCGUUUAUUUAUCAUAUUUUUGCCUACAUAAAAAAAUCGAUUCACAUAUAAAUAACACACACAUACAGUGUACGGUCAAAUCAUCCUGAAAAGUACGGUUUGAUUUAGUAGUAUUUUGUUUUGUUUUUCCACAGAGAGAAGUGAGUUUUUAUUUGGUUGGUGUCAAAAUCACAUUACCCUUGUUGUGAAAGUAUAACAUUUCCGAUAAGAUUAUGGUUUAUAUUCCUUUACAGACAAGAGUGAAAAUAUUAGAUUUUAAGAUAUCUUUACAUAGCACAACAGCUGAACAUUUUAAACUGAUUGUAUUUUGUUAAACUCACUGAUUUUAUUAGCAGAUUUUAGAAGCACUGACUGACCACUCGGAACGAUUUCUAUUUUUCAACAGAAUGCAAGUGUUUCUUGACACAUUUUUUCCAAACAAACUGAGAAAAUAGCAUUCUAUGAAUGUAGAAAAGCUUUCCAACUUUAACAGUCAGUUUGUAAUAUUUUACAUAAUUUUGCUUAUAAAUCUAUUAGUAACAAUACUUGAAAGGUAAAUAUUUCAGUUAAAAAACAACAACAACAAACGAAAAACGUUUUAUUUUCUUAUUUUAGAAAAAGCCGAUAUACUAGAAAAUCUAUCUAUUUGCAUUUUACCAUGUAUUAUAAUAAUUUAGUGUAUGACGUUUUAUUUAUAUACCUAAAGUAAAUCCUAGGGUCGUCCCCAGGUGGCUUAGCGGUAAUUCUGAAUAUUUUUAGGUUUGUUUUGAAGUUAAGCACAGAGCUACACAAUGGGCUGUCUGUGCUCUGCCCAUCACGGGUAUCGACGAAACCCGGUUUCUAGCGCUGUAAGUUCGCAGAGAUACCGCUGUGCCACUGGAGGGGGGAGGCUAAAGGUUUUAAUGCUAAACAUCUGAUUUCGAUACCCGCAGGGGGCACUUUACAGAUAACUCUCUUGUGUAGCUUAUCUCUUAACAAGGCAAGCCGUGGGAUUUUUCUAUCACAAUGCAUACAUCAAUAACUCGCAAUCAUUUUCAUCAGUUUAUUUAAUUUUUUUGCUUUCCUGACGUGAUUUGUUUACUGUUAUACUCUUAUUUGUUUUUGUUUUUUUCACGAAUUAAAUAAACCUAAUAUUUUAGCCUUUUUUUAACAAUUAAGAAACUUACGGUAAUUGUUCCGCUUGAUAUUAUUAUAUUAGUUUCCUAUUAUAAUAUACAGUAUUGUAUUCUCGUGAUUAGAGAUGACUACAAAAAGGCAGUUGGUUGGGAUGUUAAUCGCAAAGUUAUUUUCAAGUUUAAUCUCCUUUCGUUUCUUCGUAAGUACCCUUUUUUAACACAUAAAACUGCUUACAUGUGAAAUAUAAAUUAACUCUGUUAAGAUUAACGAUACUAAGUUUGGGAUUUAUUGUGUUUGGGACAACUUUUGAUUCCGUAAAAAUCCAGACGUAAAUAAUUCAAAUAUAGUUGUGAAACUUUAGUAGUUAGUCUGGGUGUAACGCAGUUAAGACGAAAUAUAGGGUGAUUAAACAAAUGCUAUCCCACAUAUUUCUUAUGGGAGGAAUAUAACACACUAACGAUACAAAUGUACAUCACUGAAAUAAAAUACUUGGUUUGCAACAAUGCCAGAACACACGAGAAAACUUCACUUGCAACAAUGCCAGAACACACGAGAAAACUUCACUUGCAACAAUGUCAGUUUUAAGCUUCCACUUUAGCGUAUUAUAUUAUUACCAUAAAAAAUCAGUGAGGUAUCUCUUGUUGGAUCACCCUGUACACACGAGAGAUAUGCAUUAUUUGGUUCGAAAAUAACUAACAACUGAUAGAAAAUUACGUAACCUUUAACUGUUUUUUUUAAAUAAAAUGCCAAUACCAUUUUAAUGAAGUUUAAGCCAAAGAAGCUACCACUGAGAAACUGUAGAUGUCAUUUCUAUCAGGAGUUGUAGAAUAAUGAAUGACUUAACUAUAACCAUCUUUACAUAUAGUUUUCACGAUAUUCACUGUGAACGUACAAUUAGUGACACUGUGCCUGUUACUAAUUACCAAUACUGCUUGCACGAGCUCAAAACUUAUUUUAAGAAAGUGAAAUUUCCUUGAUAUUACCACCUUGGUAGAAGAUAAAUGUUUAUUUGUAUUCAGAAACAUAUACAGGAUAGUCCAGAAAAUGGUGUACCAAUCUAAAUUAGCGCUUUCUUUGUAUAUAUUACCCUUGAGGGAUCGAAAAACAGUGUCAAAACUGGUCCUUGUCUAUAUUGUUGGUGCUUCGCAGUCAAAUCGCUCGGGCAAUUCUGUACCUCACGACUUUUAACCAUAGUUCGUUGCGAAACCCAUGAAUAGAUUUUGCUCAAUGCUAAAACGUCACAUACUUAAUACUCUGUUACUGGAAAAAGAGGAGAAACAAGAGUUACUUUUGGCAUGUUACCCGAGAAAUACUUUGCGUCAUAUAUCCCACUAUAGAAAUAUAUUUAGGUUUAACGCAUUACGACAUAUUGUUUUUAAACCACAUUGUAAACACGCUUAUUACUUUUUAGUUUAGGUUUAAUUUUUAAACCUGGAGAGCUAAGCCGAUUAUUGCAUAAAAGUAAUAUUUAAUCGCCAUUAAGAUAUUUGCUGAUUGUUAAACAAAAUUAUGUGAUUUUUGAAAUCUUAUGUUGAUACAACUUACUUCUAUCAAGAGAAGACUUGAAAACUUUCAGUAUCUACAGAUAAAUAGUCAUUUUCGUACAGCAAUAAACUUCGUAACUUCCGUAGAGAUGUUGGAUUGAUUUUCUCUUCGAUGAUUACUAGGCUUCUUUAAUCUCCUGUGACGUAUUUCUUUUGUGAUUAUUACGAAAUGGUGUUGGAGCAAUAAAGAAAGGUAAAUCAAUCCAAAUUUUUGUUAGAUGCGAAACGUUGACGUUUUGUAUCUGAAAGGGUUAAUGAUUUAAGUAACUUUCAAGGUACUAAAGGGCGAAGAAGGAAAAUGUGAUGAUAUUCAGUAGAUUAUCUGUAAAAAGAAAAAAAGAGAGAGAUAUGUUUCUAGUAGUUAAGGACAAAGGUUGCGAUUAGAUUUGUGCAAUGCAGUGUGAUAAGGAAUAAUGAAAAAAAAUAUUUAUUGUUGUUGAAGUAAAAGAAAGUCGAAAUGAUGCACAUAGUUGAGAGAGUAAAAUUGUAUAUUAAUUUAUAUGUUCAUACAGUAUGUGGACGAACAACAUCGUAUUCUGUCCAAAAUCUUCCAAAUAAAACGUUUUACCGAAUAA